AUGGAGGAGGAACAAUUUCUUCUGGUAUUCCCGAGUAACAGCAGUAUGCGUCAUUUUCCGGAUAAUACAACUUCGUCCUUCAUCACGGAAUUACCUCAUUCUAUCGUGUUACACGGACAAUUGGAGGUUGCGAUAACCGAGAUUCAAUUUCCCUGUACCUUUUUACACAUACGUCAUAACAAAAAUGUGAUCAGAUUCGUCGAUAUUAAACCUGACGAAAGAAUAAAUUUCUUUUCGUUGUACGCCGAUGGCAUGCAAAUUCCCAGUAGGCCGUUACAGUCAAAAGACGAGCCGCUCUACGUUGAAGCUUAUCACACAAUAUUCUCGGGAACUGACAUUCACUUUCUGAACGAGGGUAAUUCUAUAAGCAGAGACAAUUACGCCAAUGGCUACACUCUUUUCGCUUUUGAUCUUACUCCGGAUCUAUCCGCUAAUUGUGCAGGACAUUGGAAUCUUGUGGAACAUGGAAGCUUACGAUUAGAAGUGAGAUUCGAAAAAGCUCUUUCCGUGAUUAUUAAGUGUAUCGUCUAUGCAGAGUUCGAUAACGUUUUAGAAAUCGAUUCCUCCCGUCAAGUCAUUGUCGACUAUUCCGGUUAG